AUGUGUUGGUUUCAGUUUCUAUUCUCGAACAAUCGUAAAUCCACACUUCAGGUUUUGAUGAGCUUUUAUAGUGUGUAUAGGAAUGUAUUUGAUAGCUUAGCUAAUGAAGACUAUGAUUUUGUGGAUGAUCCAGCCGUGCGUUAUCCUACAUUUGGUGAUGCUUCAAGCGACUUUGACACGGUGGUUGGACCUUUCUAUGGAUUCUGGAGUUCAUUUUGUACGGCGCGGUCUUUUGCUUGGUUAGAUAAAUAUGACAUACGUCAAGCCAAUAACCGAUACGAGUUACGUCAAAUAGAAGCCGAAAAUAAGAAAUAUCGAGAUGCUGGUAAAGCUGAACGCAAUGAGCAAAUCAGAGAGCUAGUUGCUUUUGUGCGAAAGCGAGAUCCUCGGGUUAAAGCAUAUCGCGAGCUUUUGGAAAAGCGUCAGGAGGAAGCCAAAAGGAAACAAGAAGAGAAUCGAAAACAACAAAUUUUGAAGAAUCAGCAACUCAUUUCCGCAUACCAUGAGAAUGAGCAUGCACAAGCCGCUCAUCGUGCUCAUCUGGAGCAGCUCACUCAGCAGCUUGCCGAAGAAGAAACGGCUAGUGAAGAUGAAGACGAGGAUGGAGAAGCUUUGCCU